UCGCGGUCCGCGCCGCGCCCCGCCAGUCGGCUGGCGUCUUUUCACCUGGACGAAGCGCUGUCUUUGUCCGUCGUCCGCGUUCCUUGCGAGGCCCGUCGUUCGUGCGUGUUGCUGCGGGUCGUCGCCCAGUGCUCUCGGUUGUCAUGGACUGGCUGCUGCAGGCUGACAGUCAGAAAUUCAAGUCCCACUUGCACACCCUGCUGUGUUAGCUGGCCCGAGACACUAAAAGUGGUCUGCACCUCUGUUUGAACUUACUGUUUAAGUGACGUUUCCCAUCCAAGUGGCACAAGAGUAUGGGACAAGUGGUGCCGCUGCUUCAAUGGUUUUGUUUGAACGUUGGAUCGAAGUGUCUGCGCUGUGAAACACCAACGUUGAUCGGUGCAAGAAACUUUCAGUUCAAAUGCAAAUGUAUUUGAGAUGCCGGACAUUGGACCAGCAACUGUGAUGAGAUAGCUGGUGGUGCCUCAUAGGCUGAAGAUUUUCGUUUGUGAUUGAGUGACAGUUCAGCCAUCAUGUCGUCACCAAUGGGAAUCCUUGUGGAUUACCUUGGCUUUGCAGCCAUGGACCGACGUUUCUCCUCUCCAAUGAUGCCCUGGAUUAUUGCAGAAAUCAGGCUGCGGGGCAUGAAGGAAAAGAUGUCGCUGUCAAUCUGUGACGGAUUCAUCAAAGGAUACAGUGCCGGAGAGAGCGACCCAAUGCACUUGUCAACCGCAAACAGUGAGCCUCUGUUCAAGCACUCACUUAGCCAGGUCAAGAAGUACUCGCAUAUAUUUGGGAACCACUGCACCUUCCUCUACUUCAUGAGGGACCCCAUGGAGCCAAACUUGCUUUUCUGCUACCUGUACCAGUCUGAGGAUCCCCAAGAUGUGAUGGAGCUGUUCACGCAGAUGCGCGACCAGAUCAGGGACGGCAGCCCCCACCCCGGCAGCAGCGGCUCCGUGGGGCAGCCUGGACGCUCCCUCAGCAGCGCCGCCAACCUCACCUCCCUCUGCGUGGACAUCUCCCCCAGCACGUCGCACUUCUUCGAGGUGCUGUACAUCGGCAAGAUCAAGGUCUCGCACCGGAAGGUCCCCGAGUCGUUCAUCGACGAUGCUCUGGAGAAGUUCCGGCUGCACGACCUGGAGAAGGAGAAGGAGAAAGGGCGGCUGGUGGAGAACGCCGGCAAGGCCAUCCUCAUGCGCAACAACUCGAGCAGCAGGAUCUUGCCGCCCGGCGCCAUGGCCGCCGCCGUCAACAGCGAGAGGCGGGGGUCGCAGGACUCGAUGUACGGCGGCAGUGACCUGGGCUCUGCGGAGAACAUCAGCCACAACCCGGGCCUGGCCCCAGCCAGCUCGCUGGCCGGCAGCACCCUGGGGCCCGUGCCUUCCAUCGCGCUGUCCGGCUCCGUGGAGACCCUCGCCCCCGGUGCCGCCCCCGGCUCAGUCUCGGACACCGCCCCCGCAGCGUCCGACGCCAGCGGCAACGCGCCAGAGGAGGCCAAGUCCGGCGCGCCCGAGGAGACCUGGGGAAAGCAGAAUUCCCUCCCUCUGGAGUCUAUGCGUGCCCGUGCUGGCUCUGCCGGAAGUGCCCUGAUGAAGAGGCCGGAAAUGGGCAGUACUACAACUGUCGAGCAUAAUCGCACCAUGCUGUUCCUUGUGGGUAGAAGUGACUUGCGGCUCAUUAGUCCCGACCGCAAGCAAGUGCUCCUUCAUAAAAAUCUGAGGGACAUUGCCAGCUGCAUUCAGGGGGUCAAAAACUCGGACCACUUUGGGUUCAUCUGCCGAGAACAAAAUGCAGAGAAUUUCAUCGGUUACGUUUUUAAAUGUCAGUCAGAAUCAUUUGCUGAUGAUGUCGUUGGAGCGAUUACCCAGGCUUUUCAGUCCACUUCUGAGGCAUACAAGAAGGAAAAGCAGCCUGUGAUGUCCUGUGAACACUGCCCUAUGGUCUGGUUUCACAAGCUAUGUACUGAACUUGAAGGUCUCAGUGAUAGACGAGCUCAACAAGUGAUAUUCAGAAGAUUGGAACUUCUCCCUGAAGAAGAACAGGGUAUCCUCUUGACCAAAUUUCAGGGAUCUGAAAAUUCCAGUCACACUAAGGGGUUAAGAGAGCAAAAUGAAUUUCUCAUGAUGCUAAUUCGAGCUCACUGUGAAAGUAAACAGGCACGACAUGUGCAUGACACAGCAGAGAAUAGGAGUGAAUUUUUGAAUCAGUAUUUAGGUGGAAGCACAAUAUUUAUGAAAGCCAAGCGGUCUCUCACAAGCUCCUUUGAUCAUCUCCUAAAGAGGCGUGGUUCAAGGGAUGAUUUUAAUCCGAUGGCAAAAGAGCAUAGUUUGCCAAUAAAUGCUUCAUUGUGUAAGGAGAAUGGGUCAGCAAACCGUUCAUCUCCAUCUGCAAAUGGUGUUCCCACAUUAGAACUCCCUCCAGACCAUGAUGAGAACUCAAGUGAUCCACACAGACCUCGUUCUUCUACUAUUGGAUCGGGAGAAGCAAUGAAAAAAGAAAUGAGCCUCCCUGGUACCCUCUCCGCAGGAUCAUCUCAGCCACAAUUGACCUCAUCUCCAGUUCCUGGAAGCCCUGGAUCCCCUCAACCCAAAGGCAGUCAAAUGAUGAACAUAUUUCUUAAAGUGGGUAACACACCAAAGGCAUCCUCAAUGCUCCCUGAUGAUACUCCUGAAGAUGUAAGAAGACAUUCUGGUUCCUGGCGCCAGGCAAUUUUUAAGACUGUAGUCACUCCAAGCAAAUCAAGUGAAGGUGCUGAGGCUCAAGACAUCCCAGUCAAGAAAAGCAGAGAGGAACUUCGCUCUCUAUGGAAAAAAGCAAUUAAUCAGCAGGUCCUUCUUAUUCGGAUGGAAAAGGAGAAUGCAAGACUUCGAGCUCGUCAAGAGGAAGCAACAGUUAAGCGCAUCAAACUAGAAUAUGAUGAAAUCGGUUCCUGUAUGAGGGAAGUCAUGGAAGUGUGGGACUUAUUAAUAAGCAAAGAAAGCCGUGUCAGUGCAAGAUGUGAUAAUCAAAUGCUUCUACAAGCAAUUCGCCAAGGUGUACCUCGUUCUAAAAGAGGAGAUGUAUGGCACUUUUUAGCUGAGCAAUAUUGCCUUAAAAUUCCUCCAAUUGAUACAACAAAUUUCCCCAAUUAUAAUGUUCCCUAUGAAGACCUCCUCAGGCAGCUUACAUCACAUCAGCAUGCCAUUUUAAUUGAUCUAGGACGCACUUUUCCUGGACACACUUACUUUGCAUCACCCCUUGGACCUGGUCAGCUUGCUUUGUUCAAUUUGCUCAAAGCCUACUCAUUGCUUGAUCCAGAAGUUGGAUACUGUCAAGGGUUGAGUUUUGUUGCUGGAAUCCUCCUUUUGCAUAUGUCAGAGGAUGUUGCCUUUUUCCUCCUUCGGCAUCUGAUGUUUAGGAGAGGUUUACGUCGUCAGUAUCUUCCUGACAUGGCUGCCCUACAAGUGCAGCUCUAUCAGCUCUCUCGUCUCUUACAUGACCAACAACCUGCUUUGUAUUCACACUUGGAUAAGCAUGAAGUAGCUCCUACACUGUAUGCUGCCCCUUGGAUGCUCACACUUUUUGCUUCCCAGUUUCCUUUGGGAUUUGUAGCAAGGGUUUUUGAUCUGAUGUUUGUGGAAAGUCCUGAAAUCAUCUUCAGAGUUGCUAUUGCUCUCUUAUCAGAGCAUAAGGAUGGUAUUUUAAGCUGUGAUUCUUUUGAAGAAAUUAUGGAUUAUUUAAAAACAAAAGUGCCAAAUAUUGAUAAGGUUAAGCUAGAUAGGAUUAUGAAAAAGGUCUUUAACAUGGAUGUCACUAAACAACUUCAUGAAUAUGAGGUGGAGUACCACGUUUUGCAGGAAGAAAUGUCAUCUCCUCGUCCUGAAGCGGAGAAAAUUAGACAACUGAAUCAAGAAAAUAAGCAACUCCAGGAACAACUAGAGAUUUCAUCCAGCAACAUGCACAGAUUGGAAACCUCUCGUACUCUUCAACAAGCCCAACUAAACAGACUUGAAUCUCAGGUUCGCAGUUUGGAAGUCAGCAUAAGUACGCUUGGUGGGUUCAUAUCAACCUUAAUUGAAAACCACAAAGACAUUGAGAUACCGGGAGAUGUGAGGAGAUUAGUGGCUCAGCUUAGUGCUCCAGGCUUAGAUCGUCGUAAAAAUAGUGGAAACUUAGGACUAGGAAAUAUUUUGAAGCCUCGUCACGACCCACCAAAUACUAUGAAACCUGAUCCCAAACAUGACUCUAAAUUCACAUUAAAUUUGAGUAAAAAUGAUCCAAUGGCGAGGACCAAGUCAGAUCCUCCGCGUAUGAUCCCAUCCCCACGUAGUUUUCCAUUGAAAGUAAUUGAGGAUGAUGAUAGGUAUGAAUCAAACCUUAGACCUACACUCAGUCUUCAGAACGGAUCAACCAUCAACAGCAUGAAUUCAAAAACAGUGUCAGGGCGACCGUAUCCAUUAAAAUCAGCCGCUAGUUCACCCAACCUAACUUCCAAAAUGUCAUCAUUUUUCCAAAAAGUUCAAAUACCACAGUCUGAGCAAAGAAUGAACUCGAUGAAUCGGGGUCAAAAUGAGCUUGACAAGUUACAAGAAGGAAGAAUUUCUUCCGACCACUCUGGCUCUGAUGUCAGAGGUUUUGGCCCAGGAAAUGUUUUGAAUAAUGAUUGUUUAUUUGAAGACAUUCCUUUGAAUGAUGGUAAUGAGCCUUUGUCAGCUAAUAAUGAUGUAGCUUUUAAAGAAAAUCAGCAGCCCCUCAGAAGAAUAGAUAUUGUAAAACAGCAACAGACAAUUCAUAAGUAUGACCCUCACUCAGGUACAGAUUUUCAAAUCCAGGCCAUAGGUUCUAGUCCAAUUCAAAAUUUAUCUUUAGAUACACAAGUCAGUAAAGGAGGUAAGCAGCACACAAUAGAUGCGAGCCUUCAUGAUUCUCGGAGUGAGUCUAUAGACUCACUACAGACUCCAACCUUACAUCCACUAGAUACUUGCUCAGAUGUCAGCUUUUCAUAUGGAGGUACCACCAAGCUCAAGACCAUUAGGCCUCUCCGAGCCCAACUUGGCAGAAAUGCCACCAUUGCAGCGUUUUCACCAACAUCCCUUCCUCAAUCAAGCAGCUCCUCUCCCUCUUCUCCAGAAAUAGAAAACCCCAAUAGUGAUAAAAUAUCGGGCAUUGUUCCACCCAAAAAAGAAUUAAUGCUAAGCUAAUAUCAAUUCAGUUGAAAUUUUGUGGAACUUCGUGUACUGUAUGUUUUGUUUUGCCAUGUAUGAUCUUUCACACUUAUUAUGUACAUGCUCUGUUUACUAGGUAUAAUCACAUGGGCAUGAUUUUAUUAUAUUUUCUGAAGACCACGACUUUAUCAUUGUGUUAUUGUUACCUCAAUUAAAUAAUUAUUGUGUUAUUGUUACCUCAAUAAAAUUAUUAUUGUUAUUCU